AUGGAGUCUAAUAUUGAAAUGGACUCACCUUUUUUAUAUUAUCCUUUGCCUGAAACUGAUUCAGAUUUCGUUUAUCAGUAUCAUCCUUCAUAUGAAAACAAUUCAGUUAAUGAAAUUCAGCCAAGCAGUUUUGAGGGCAAUAAAGAAAAAGAAAAUUCUGAUUAUGAGGAUUCUGACAACGAAGAGCAUUGCGAUACUGACCCAGUUGAUAAAAGUAUAAUACGUCGUUGUACUUUUGAGUAUUCAUAUGCAUGCAUACACGAAGCUGAAAAGUCAGUAUUAGCAGAAAAUAGAAGAGAAAGAGCAUUUGGAAUUCAAAUAACUAGUGUUGUGAGUGCGCAUAAUCAUCCUAUGAAUCCUCUUAUUACAGAGAUUGCACCAAGAUUUCAUCGUUUAACUGAUGAUAUGUUAGAAAAAAUUAAGUUCUGGACAAUUAAUGGGAGGUUAGGCAUGUCAAUACAAUAUAACUUACUUACUGCAUCAUUUCCUGGUAAAAAAGUCAAUAAGAAAGAUUUAAGUAAUGCAAUAGAGUGUUAUAAAAAACAAUUAAAACCUUAA